AUGACUACGCAAAAUAGUAGUAUGAAUAGUAAUAGUGAAAACCCAACUAUUUGUUUUUGUUCUUUGAAAGCUAUUGAAAAGAAUUGUGGUGAAUGUUCAUAUAUGUUAUCAAAAGAAGUGAAACAAAUAAAUGCAUAUCUUUAUCAAAAUCAAAUGCAAUUAUUAAUAAAUCUCCAACAGCAACUACAACAAAAUUAUAUUGAAGAAGAAAAAAAAAAAACUGAAGAAAAUUAUGAUGAUAAAUAUAAUAAUUUAUGUGAAGUUGAAAAUAAAAAACAAUAUAGAAAAAGUGUUGAAAUUUGCUUUUGUCAAUGUCCAGCAAGAGAAAUUCAAUGUUAUGGUUGCUCUUAUCUAAUUCCAAUAGAAGAUAACUUUAGUAGUGAGGAUGUAUAUGAUGAUUUUAAUGAUAAUAAUAAUUCAUAUGAUAGAGAAAAUGAACAAGAUAAUUUUAAUGACUUUAUAAAUGAAUACACUCAUGAACAAUCAAAAAACCAAGCCGAAUCUUUUGUAUUAUAA